UGGGUCUGUGAUUUGCAAAAGUUUUCUCCUGCUUACCAAUUUCGGAAACUAAACGUUUGUUCUAAAUGAUAAAUAAAAGUUUAUAAAAAUUGUAGCAAUGACAGCACCAACAGCAAACGUAUCAGCUUAUUUAGCAGCAAGGCACAUGAUUUAGCAGCACAAAGCACAAAAGAAAACAGCCAACUUUUUUUUUACGACACAAAAAACAGCCGUUUGCACACUGACCGUCUUUCGAUAAUUUACUCGAGAAAAAUGGAUUUGCUGAGAAAGUGUACACAACAGCUGCUGGUGAAUGCAAACAUGUGGCCGCAAGCGCUUUCUGUUGCGUCCACUGCGUUCCAUACAAGUCCUGUGUGCAGCCGCGUGCAGGCUGGCCGCUAUCGUGUCACUACGAAGCGUAACCGUGCGCUCACUUAUGAAAUGGCUAAUCCGCCCCAUUACAUUGCCCAUCGAAAGUCUUGGAACUCAUGGAAUACAUCAACUAUGUUGGAUGGAUUACGCUCUUCGCAGACGGCAAUUGAAGACUUAUUUUUGCGGAAAUUUAUGACCGGUACUUGGCAUGCGCUAGUCGUUUCCGAAGUGAUUAUCAAAAGACAGCACAAUAUGAUAAGAAUAGCUGCCAUUGUCCGUCAGGCAAUAAGCCCGCGGAAGAUGUAUUUCCUUAUUGGUUAUACGGAAGAACUAUUAUCAUAUUGGUUGCAAUGUCCUGUUACAUUGGAGUUGCAAACAGUUGCUGAUAAAAAAGAUGUUAUAUUCAAGUAUAUUUAAAUUGUACAUCGUAAUUGUUGUAUGUACAACGAAAAAAUAAGCUAAAGUAACCAAAUAACUAUAAACCAUUUAUCAGUGCACAGUAAUCUCA